AUGAAGCCUAUCUUUACGCUUCUCUCGGGGCUUGCCUUAGCCAACGGCGCCGCCGUUCAUCAGCCAAGCUUACCGACGGUGGACCUUGGAUAUCAAGUCCAUCGCGCCAUCUCGUUUGAUGAACGCUACAAGACGUACAACUUCACCAACAUCCCAUACGCCGAGCCUCCUUUGGGCCCUCUGCGAUUCACCGCACCUGUUCCUCCCAAGGGGCGCAAAUCGGGAGUCCAGAAUGGCAGUAUCGGCAAAGUUUGUCCACAGGCGAAUCCCGGUUGGCUUGCAUUGGGCGAAAUGUUUGCCGCAGCCUAUGGACUCAACCAGCUGCCAUUCAACGUGACACAGGCAAAGGAGUUGCUAUCUCAGCUGCCCCCGCCUCCAGAGGAUGAUCGAAUCACCGAAGACUGUCUAGUCCUGGACGUUUUGGUACCUCAAAAGGUGUUUGACAAGAGAAGCAGUGUCCACAGGAAGGGCUUGAAGCCUACCAAGGGAGCUCCUGUCUUGGUCUGGAUAUACGGAGGCGGAUAUGUCAUUGGAGACAAGUCAAUGUUUGGAACUCCCAGUGAACUCAUGGCAGCAACCCAAUCUAAUGGUGAAGAUGGUGCCAUCUGGGUGGCCAUGAAUUACCGUCUCGGUGCCUUUGGCUUCCUCUCCGGCCCUACGCUGCAGCAGAACGGCGGCACCCCCAACGCUGGACUCUUGGACCAGAGGCUUGCACUCGAUUGGGUUCAGGAGAACAUUCACCUGUUUGGAGGCGAUCCCGACAAUGUGACUAUUAUGGGUGUCUCCGCUGGCGGUGGAUCAGUCAUGCACCAUAUUACGGCCUGGGGAGGAUCGAGGCCUGCGCCCUUCCGCCGAGCUAUCCCGCAGUCUGCCGGUAUUGUCCCUGUUCCUGGAAAUCGUGAGCAAGAGCAGACCUUCAACGACUUCCUCGCGCUUCUGAAUGUUUCGACACUGAAUGAAGCAAAGGCGCUGCCCUCCAGCGCGCUGUUGGCUGCCAAUCUGAAGCAAGUCGCCGCUGCUCCAUACGGUUCCUUUUCUUAUGGCCCCGUCGUCGAUGGCAGCUUCGUACCCGGAAUGCCCUCAAAACUGUUCCUCCAAGGAGCGUUUGCUAAGGACAUUGAGAUCUUCUCUACUUACAACAGCCACGAGGGAAUCCUAUUCACUGAUCCUUCGGCCUUCGACAACGAGUCUCUGCUGAGGAAGCAACUUGGUGCCAUCUUUACCUCACUCACAAGCGACGACUAUCAGCAUGUAUUUGAGACGCUCUAUCCCGCGAAAUAUGACGGAUCUCAGCCGUAUACAGAUGCCUUGGGGCGAGCACAGCUGAUCAUUGCCGAGGCCGCGCUCACUUGCAACCAGAACUCCAUGGUUAAGGCCGCGCAGAAGCAAGGCGUAGCCGCAUUUGGCUUCCAAAACUCUGUUUGGCCAGCAAUCCACGGCAGUGAUCAGCCUUAUCUCUUCCCCAACGGACCGACGCCGGGUGUUGAUGCUCAGAUUGCGAGCAUUGCAAAGGGCGCCGUUGCUGGAUUCGUCAACAACGGCUCGCCGAUCAACUCACCGGCCGGCGGCAUUUCGUUUCCUUCGUACGGCCAGAAUGAUUCAAUUUUGAACUUUGUGCUUAAUGCUACCUCGGCUAUUCGAGACCCGACGUCGAACGAAAGAUGCAACUGGUGGCAAAAGGCGCUGUACUACUGA